UCUUAAAAAGCUACAAAGAAUACAUAUAAUUUUAUGGCUCGGAAAGGUAAUCAGCAGAAGAAUGGGACAAAAAGGGGUUCAGAGGCAGGUUAUCAUGCCCCCGAUGCAAAAGGAAGAGGAAAAGGAAGUGAGAUAAAGGUUUUCCCUGGAGAGGAACUACCAAAUGGUGAUCCUCUAGACAAUCCUUUACAAGAGAGUGUUAGCAAAGAUCAUCAGGUAGGGACUGAGAAUAGAUAUAGGCAGAAUUCUGAGAAAUCUGUGACAACAGAGAAGCAUGGAGAUGCAGCUGAGGCUCUUGGCCAAUCAAUAUCUUCUGGGAGUAAUUCGGGGGAUUGCAUUGAGAAUGCACCUUCAAAGGAAGCUUCAAGUGGAAGGGAACAAAAUGAAAUAUCACCUGAUGGGAACCUUCAUCUGAAACACAAAAAAGGAUUUUGGGGCUGCUUGCUGAAUGGUUUUCACCUUAAAGGUGCAAUUGAGAAUGUAGAGUUUUCAGAUAAUGUGUUGGUAAGAAAUGUGAGAGCAUCGGCUGCAUCCACCUUGAAAGUGAUAAGCCAGUGGCUGGAGAGCCAGAGGCCAAUUUUCAUUUCCCUAACAACUAACAUCUAUAAUACUCAAGAUCAUGUCAAAGUAAAGAUUGAGAGAUUGUACCCCAUUGUGUUGAAGUGGCUCAUGCAUUUUGGAAAUAUAAUGCUUCUGUUAUCAAUAGUCUGGUUGGACUGUACUCUUAGGGGCAUUGAUUCCUUCCUGCACAUGGGCACAACAUCUCUUUUUUCAGUUAUAUGGUUGAGUAUUUUCUCAGUGAUUGCCAUGGUUGGGAUGUUGAAGUUUCUUAUGGUCUUGGCCAUAGCUGCUCUGACAGCAGUUUUUGUUGGGUUUACUCUCGCAAUGUUGGUAGUAACUGUUUUUGGAACAAUUUUCCUUUGGUUUUAUGGAAGUUUCUGGACUACACUUCUUGUGAUCUUCCUUGGAGGAUUGGCAUUUUCAUUUAGCCAUGAGCGUCUUGCAUUAUUGAUUACCACUAUAUAUUCUGUAUAUUGUGCUUGGAUGUAUGCCGGAUGGCUUGGUUUGCUUUUGGCUCUAAAUCUAUCUUUUAUCUCAAGUGAUGCUUUUAUCUACUACCUAAAGAACAAUAUAAAUCAGCAAGCAAGACCUGAGGGAAACCCUGAACAAACCAAUGGAAUGCAUAGUCAACCAGGCUUCUUCAAUGAUGAAUCAGUGCAUGCUUCAUUCUCUGAAAAUGUCCCAGGGUUUUCGGCAGAUCAUGGUCCUGGGGUAGCUUCAACUAGUGGGAUUGAUACUGAGAUAACUUCUGAAGAUGAAGUUGCUCGAUUGUUGAACUGCAAUGAUCACUAUUCUGCAUUGGGUUUGUCACGAUAUGAGAAUGUUGAUGUUAAUGUACUGAAGCGAGAAUAUAGAAAAAAGGCAAUGCUGGUCCAUCCUGAUAAAAACAUGGGUAAUGAAAAUGCUGCAGAAGCUUUUAAAAAACUUCAGAAUGCAUAUGAGGUCUUACCUGAUUCCUUGAAGCGUAAAGCAUAUGAUGAUGAGCUUAGGAGGGAGGAGCUGCUAAACUAUUUCCGUAGUUUUCAAAAUGCUUCUCAAAAGAAUGGCAGACAUGGUUUCUUUUCCUCUGGAUUUUCACGGUCAGAGGCUGAUGGGGAGGAACCAUUUGGAGAAUCUAGGCCAAUUGCCUGCAAAAAAUGCAGUAACUUUCAUCUCUGGGUACACACCAAGAAAUCAAAAUCUCGAGCAAGAUGGUGCCAGGAAUGCAAAGAUUUUCAUCAAGCAAAAGAUGGAGAUGGAUGGGUUGAGCAAUAUUCGCAACCCUUCUUUUUUGGGUUAUUGCAGAAGGUGGAUGCUCCCUCUGCCUAUGUAUGUGCUGAUAGCAAGAUAUAUGAUGCUACUGAAUGGUAUAUUUGUCAGGGAAUGAGAUGUCCACCGAACACGCAUAAGCCAAGUUUUCAUGUAAACACUAGUGUGACAUCCAAGCAUAAUACCAGCAAGGGAUCUAGUUCAGGGCAGAGAGGUGGAAGGAUACCAACACCUAAUCUGGAAGAAACCAUGACAGAGGAAGAAUUCUUGGAGUGGUUACAGAAUGCAGUACAAGCAGGCAUGUUUGACAAUUUUACUGGUAGUACCUCUGCUGAGAGCCCAUUUGCCAAAGCAGGAAGUGGCUCCAAGACUAGUGGCAGCAAUAUGAGUGGUGGCAGUGGAAACAAAAAAAAGAGAAAAGGAAAGAAACAAUGGUGAGCAGUCAUCAUGAUUUGUAACACCCUGAUUCUCUCGAGGGAUAACCAAUUUUUGGCCGUGCAAAAGUGAUUGCCUCUGUAAAACUUAAAUCCAGCGCCAUAAAACUUGAGCAUAUGUCAUGCAGAUUUUGUAUAGCAUUUUAUCUUCUUCCUAUCUUUUCUUUUUCCCUCAGUUUCCUCAAAUAAUUAGAUAUGGAGCGUCAUACGAAUAUGAAAUAGAUUUGGCAAAGCCUGGAGGUUAAUCAUCCUGGUGAUAGCAUUACCAAAAAUUUACAGUGGCAUAGUUUCAUUUUCUUUCUUUGUCUAACUUCUUUAUAUCCUUUGAGGUCUAAUGAAGUUAAAACUGUCUGGAAAAGACAGAAGACAAUAUCAUAUAGCCUUAGGAGCUGUUUUGUUUUUAAAGCCUUGCCUGUCUGGAGAAUCUCACAAUGGAAAUCAGUGGGUUCUGAUCAGAGCCUUAGCUCUUACCCUUUAAACACACAUCAAUAAUGGGUUAAUACACGUUUUAUUGAUGAAAAUGAAAUUUACACAUGAAAACCACUAGUGUUGGUGGAUGCUACAUAUUUUAUGGGACAUGUAUAUUUUAUGAUAGGAUGCUGCAGCAUUAAUGGUGCUCCAGCAAUAACACCUGAAACCCCCAAGUCAAUAGCAUUCAAUGUCAUAUCCUUGCACAACCAUUAAUAGAACAUUUGAGCUUAAUGUGAACUUAAAUAUGUGGCAUUAUCUGUUAC